UGAUACUAGUUCGCCUGUCUUCCCAAGUGAUAUGUAAAAAUUUUCGGAGACACCUUUGAUGGAAUCUUUCAAGGAGUUGGAGUUGGCUUUUAUAAGUGGUCCAUGUUUCACAAGCAUAUAGUAAGGUUGGCAGUACAAUAGCUUUGUAAACAAGUAUUUUGGUUUCCCUGCGAAUGUCCCGGUUUUCAAAACUCUGCGCUUCAAUCGGGAGAAAGCCGCACUCGCAGAGCUCAGACGAUGCUGGAUUUCGGCAUCAAUAUUGGCCCUUGUGGAAAGGUAGGAGGUAGGAGAAGUGAUCGAUAUUUUCCAACGUUACACCAUUGAGUUGGAUUUGUGGUGCUGCAGAGGGGUUAUUUUGUACUUGUUGAUGCAGCACUUUGGUUUUUUGGAUGUUGAGUGAUAGGCCAAGCUUUUUGUAAGCUUCUGCAAAUAUAUUUAGGGUGGUUUGGAGGUCAUCCUCUGAGCGUGCGCACACUACGUUGUCAUCAGCAUACUGAAGCUCUAUGACGGAAGUUACGAUAACCUUACUCUUUGCUUUCAGCCUGUUCAGAUUGAAGAGCUUUCCAUCUGUUCGUUAUAUGAUUUCUACUCCGGUGGGGAGUUUCCCUUCGACAAAGUGUAGGAUCAUGGCAAUGAAAAUAAUGAAUGGAGUUGGGACAGUAACACAACCCUGUUUAACACCUGAUCCCACUGUGAAUAGUUCACUUUGAGAGCCAUUUUUAUCUGCGAUUGUUGCUGUCAUAUUAUCAUGGAGGAGCCGAAUGAUGUUUACAAAUUUAUCUGGGCAGCCAAUUUUCAGAAGGACAGUCCACAGGGCAUUACGAUUUACAGCGUUGAAAGCCUUAGGUCAAUAAACGCCAUAUACAGGGGUUUAUUGGAGUAAUAAUAAUAAUAGACGUAAGCCCUAUUGCAUUCAAUAGGCUUUACUCCCCGGGAAAUGGGAUUAGGAUUGCAGUCCUGGUUAAUAAUAUUAGAGGUGUCAUGUAGCGCUUUUCUUCAGACCCAGAUAAAAAUGUUGUUAGGAAGCCAGGGGCAACCACUUCACACAGCCAUCAGCAGCCACAAGGAACCAAUUCACAUGUGGAGAGAUUUAAAAUAGACUCCAAUGAGCCAUUUGCCCAGGAUUCAUGUAAAUUGGCUUCAGUGGACGUGCAAGAGAGAAACUGACAGAACAGAAGGUAUUUCUAAUCACACUUUGUACAGCCCUGUUCUUGACUGGUGAAUCUACAAAAAAAAAAAAAAAACAAUGACAGAAGAUAACAUGAGAUACUCUGUUCUUUCACAGAUUCAUUUUAAAAUUUUAAAAGGACAUUCAGCAGCUGUGACCUCCUGUCAAUUCUGUUUUGAUGAAACAAAAGUUCUUUCAGGCUGUUAUGACAGCACAGUGAAACUCUGGGAUAUUGCCGGUGCUGUCUGUGUUCAGACCUUUGAGGGUGAGCACACUGGGCCCAUUUCUGAAUGCUGUCUGAGUCCUGAUAAUAAAAGUGGACUCUAGAGCAGGAUGGCCUUCUGACUUCAUGCCACGUUUCUCACGAUGGCAAAUACAUCGCCUCCAGUUCCGAUUUGGAAAAUUCUUUAUUCAUUUGUGGUUUAGAAGAUGCGAAAAAGGUGGCAUAUGUCAGAGAGUAUCACAGAAGCACAGUGAGAAGAUGUCGUUUUGAUCCUCAGAACCAACGAAUAGCUACAGUGUCAUCUGACAUGUCUUUGAAAUUCUGGGAUAUUAUAGCACAGUCUGCCACAGUCACAAUUGAAGGGGCACACACCAAUGCAAUUGCAGAUUGCCGUUUCUCCUUGGAUGGCCAUUAUUUGUGCACAGCAGGUUGGGAUGAAGUCAUAAAGUUAUGGGAUAUCAGGACUGGGGAGUUCCGUUCUCAUGGACCCAUUAUUUUGGAUCAGGGCCACAUUGGAAUAGUUGGCUGCUGUGAUAUUAGUAAGGAUGCAUCGCUUGUGGUGUCUGGAGGUUAUGACAAAACAAUUGUUAUCUGGGACUCACGAGAGGCAUAUAAAAAGAUAUGUUUAAAGGGUCAUGCAGGUUGGGUGACAGACAUUGCUUUGAGUAGCAACAAGAAGCGGCUUGUAUCUGCCUCAAAGGAUUGUACUUUGAGAGUUUGGGACAUUGCAGAUGCCCAUGAAAUCCCUGUGGUGGUCCAAGCCAUUAGAACAAGAGGCUCCAAGUUAGCAAAGUGUGAAGAAUGUAAGAAGUCUUUCCUGCUCUUCCACAAUGAUGAAGACAAAGUAGAAAUCAAUUGUGUUUUCUGUCGACUGGCAAGUUACAAAGAAAGUGUCCUGCCAGAUCCCCCUCCAUUGCCUCCAUUGCCUCCUGAUUUUUAAAGGAAUCAGCAAGAGGCCAUUGCUGGUAAUUUUUUAAGUGAUAAAAGUUAUUUGCCUGCAUAUACAGAACUCGGAACUGGUUUUUUUUAGUCUUUAAUUACAUACUGAGAUUCCUACGGAAUAGAGUCAUUUGAAGGAUCCACUGUGUCCUGCUGGUUGACAAGCAUAAAAUAAAAAAAUCUGUACUGCCAAGUGGAUUUAUACAACUUCUAGUUCCAUUGUGGUCCUCUCUUGAGCGCAAUUGAAAAAGUUACCCAGUAAUGUGAGAGGAAAGUCGUAUGAAUCUCAAUCUAGUGCGGAACAAUUAAGCAACAUGUGCACCAUUAAGCAACACAAGUCUAGCUGAGAGGUGGAACUUGCAGUAUUCAAAAUUCUGAAAUCCACAUUGGAGCAAUACCUUUAUUAGGGCAAUCAAAAUGCCACAAAAUAGUGUGCAAG